AUUUGGCAACAAUGAAGACAAUCUUCAAUUAAUUCAGCCAUACCUCACUGCAACAUAGAAUUAUUGUAUUUUCUUUUUUUCUUUUUUUUUGUUUUGCAAAUGUUAACGAGUAGCCAUUGAAGGGUUUUGUUUAAGAUAAAUGGAAGCACGAGAAGGAAUGAGCACUGGAAUUGCUGUGAUGGGAGCAGAUGCUCCACCCAACUUCCAUGUAGCUGCAAGAACGGAUAACCCUCCACAGGUUUCAACCUCGGCAGCCGUGGCGGCUACACAGGUUAAUGUGGCGAUGGCAGCUACUGGAAUGAAGAAGAAAAGAGGGAGGCCUAGGAAGUACGGUCCCGGUGGGACCGUUUCCCUGGCGUUAUCGCCGAUUCCAAUUUCGUCAUCGGCACCGCCGGUCGUCAGCAAUUUCUCGGCCGGGAAGCGGGGUAGAGGGCGGCCAGUUGGUUUGAUCAACAGAGAGCAACCCAAGUUCGAGGUCGAGAAUUUAGGUGACUGGGUUAAAUGCUCUGUUGGUGCAAAUUUCACGCCUCAUGUCAUCACUGUUGCUGCUGGCGAGGUAUACGUAAAGAAAAAAUAUAGUUUCGUUAGUUCUGAAAUCUGCCAGGAUAUCACAAUGAAGAUCAUAUCAUUUUCUCAACAAGGUCCUCGAGCCAUUUGUAUUCUUUCUGCAAAUGGCGUGAUUUCCAAUGUUACACUUCGACAGCCUGAUUCUUGUGGAGGUACUUUGACAUAUGAGGGUCGUUUUGAGAUACUUUCAUUGUCUGGAUCCUUCAUGCCCUCAGAGACUGGAGGAACUAGGAGCCGAUCUGGUGGAAUGAGUGUGUCAUUGUCAAGCCCAGAUGGCCGGGUUGUUGGAGGAGGGGUAGCUGGCCUAUUAGUAGCUGCUAGCCCAGUGCAGGUUGUGGUGGGAAGUUUUCUGCCUAGCACUCAACUAGAGCACAAACCCAAGAAGCAGAAAAUUGAGGUUACGUCAACUGUCACACCAACCACUGCUAUUCCGGUUCCUAAUGCAGAGUUGCAAGAGGGUUAUAAUGGUCAGGGACAGCAGAAUUCAGCCACACCUAAGCCAAAUCUUGCGUCUUCAUCUUCCUUCCGUGCAGACAAUUGGUCAUCUCUACAGUCCAUGCCAGAGUCCAGGAAUUCAGCUACUGAUAUUAAUAUAUCUUUGCCAGGGGGUUAAUCUGAAGGAUUUACCUAAGCCAUUCAACUUGAGGAUUCUGACAGGAUUUGUACCUUGGUCUUGGUUGUGUUGGAAAAACUUAGAUGAGAAUUGAAACUCACUACCUUCUGUUUCUUACCUAUCUAUAUAAACUCGUUGAUUAGUUGAUGCUAAUGGAUGGGUUGGGGUUUUGCAGCCUUUAGAAUUCCAACUCAGGUUUGGUAAUUUAUUAGAUAGGACCUUGAUCUGUAGGCUGGUUAGGUGGGCUUUGACAUGAAUUUGUUAUCAUGUAUCUUUUUCUGUUGUGUUUUGAUAGAUUAAUGAUGAGAAUGAUGUGUUGCCAUUAUUCUUCUGACCAAGUUGUGUUUUUCUUAUUCGGACCAUGGGGGUUUUACCCUUGAUAUUUUCCAAGUCACCUGAUUAUGUUUGACACUGAUUUUAUUUUGGCAGAAGAUGAAAUUUAUGAAGUUAAUACAAUUAUGAUUUUAAGCAGAUUGCUGCUUAGGUGAUGAUCCCUGACAAGGUGAACCAUAUAAAAUGGGUUAUUUCUCCAGGUAUGGAAUUAGUAUUUAGAGAGAACCUGAGACCCAGAAAGAA